CCGUCAACUGCAGAAGUGUCAUGUACUGCCAAAUCUCUACAGUUCUUUUCCCAGUACGAUGAUCCAGGUUCGCGUUCUAGCAGCUAUUAGAACUCGUGUGCCUCGUCAUGACAAGGACCUUUUCCUUCUUCGGUUUUGCUCAUGCCUCACCAAGAUUGCCGCCAUAUCUCCUCACCCCUGGUCGAGGUCAGUGCUCCCUUUCAUCGAGUUGUCUGCAUCGCCCUUCUCCGGACUUGAAGCGUUGAGUUGGUGCCGCAAGUACAGCACUGCUGCACUUGUCAAGUAUAUCCUCCAUGGGGGGUUUAGUUCCCAGCGCUCUCAAGGCGCUGCUUCUGGUGAUUCUGUGGGGCUUGUUCCUGUUUUGGGUGGUGGAGUGGUUCCUCUACCCUACUGAUCGAUGGACCAGCUGGAAGGCAGAUGCCAUUGAGGAAACCAACAGCAAGUUUCUUGAGUUGAAUGGACCAUUUUUUCUGAUGUGGUCAUUUCCGGUAAUCUUGUUUGCUCUCUUCGCCUUACUUUAUUUGGAGGUAGACCAACGUCUCAAGGCAAAAAAAGAGUCGAGCUGUACAGAUGUGCCAAAGUGGAAGCGAGUAUGGCUAAGACUCCGAACGCAACCUAUCCUAGUGAAAAGUCUGCUGGGGGUGCUCACGGGAGUGGACUUACUUGUCAUUUCGUUCGUCGUGUUUGCAACCAUGUGGAUUUUCGUGAAGCCCUUGAUCCCUAUGCUUGAAGAGGUUGACAGGAAUACCAUGAAACCCGGUAUCGACAGGUGGAUGAUCAAGGUGGGGAGAGUGGGCACAUGGACAGGGCGAGCAUGGUAUCUACCAAUGGCACUUCUAUUUAUUCCAGUGUCCAGAAAUUCACCUUUUCUGCGGUUGGUGAACUUGCCAUACGAGCACGCCGUGCGCUUGCACCGUUGGCUGGGUCACUUCUCUCUGGUCAUCCUCCUCCUCCACUCCAUUACUUUCUCCCUUCACAUCUACUACACAGGCGGCGGCAGUGUCAAGGGGAUAUUUGAGUGGAAGACAUAUGGAGUGUCGAACUGGGCGGGAGUGCUGUCAAUGUUAGCGGGCAUUGUGAUGUGGGUAACCUCGUUGGGACCCAUCCGGCAGCCCUUCUUCGACGUGUUUUAUGUCACUCAUCACAUGUACAUUUUGGUAUUUGCCUUCGGCGUGUGGCAUGUUGGUGAUUUCUCCAGUUUCUACUUCCUGGCCGGUGUGUUACUGUUCUUCAUCGAUAGGUUCGUUCGCAUGGUACAAUCGCAGUCACCUGUUAGCAUCCUAUCUGCUAGGACCUUAUCCAGCGGUGUGAUUGAACUAAAAUUUCCGAGAUCUCAAGAACUGAAAUAUAACGCGUUGGGAUUCAUCUUCAUCAACGUGCCUGAAAUUUCCAAAUUUCAAUGGCAUCCGUUUAGCACCACGUCCAGCUCGCUGCAAGACAACGGCCAGAUCACAGUCUGCAUCAAACCUGCGGGAGCGUGGACUAGGAAUCUUCAAAAGCUUGUCAAAGCCGCAGAUGCGCAGGACUUCAAGUCGGGAGGGUGUCCUCUGCCCUUCCGAGUGUUUGCUGAAGGACCAUAUGGGCCCGAACAAGACUAUUUUCUAGGAUACAAGACAUUGGUUCUCGUUGCGGGAGGUGUUGGCAUCACUCCUUUCCUAGCAGUGCUCCGCGAUCUCCUGUGUCACCACCAGGCGGGCUUUGGAUCAGCGGCGGGGCUCCCAACCAAAGUGCAUCUUAUCUGGUGUGUACCCAGAAGAGCAGACUUGGCAACACUUGGGGAUAUUAAACCUGCACUUUUGUUCCCAGGCUUCGAGGAUGGCCCGCUCACAGUGGAUGUGAAGGCAUACGUGACUCGUGAACAAAUAGGAGCAGAACCAACUGAUAACAAGGUCCCAGCCUCCAUCCUGCAAGCUCAAGGCCAAGAGUGCCCUGUGAUUAACAACCCCACUGGCGAGAACAUGACUAGACAGAAUGCAGUCUCAGAUAUAAGAAGCAGUAACCUCUGGUAUGCUGGGGUCAUUGCUGCAGCAUCCACAGGCUUCAUCGUGUUUCACGGAAUAUUCCACAAUUAUGUUGUGAGGCCUAACCAUCACACUGACGCACCGUUCUACUUCGAGCAUGGCUCAGCCCAUGCCUCUAGUGGUCCCCAAGGAAAGCCGUUCCCAACAUGGAUCACUGUGUCGUUGCUGUUCAUCAGCAUGUUUCUAGGUGUGGUGGUCUGCGGAGGAUCUGUUCUCUUCGCUUGGGCGAGGCUUGGCUUCAGCCGAGCUCAAGCCGUGCCUAAACCAUCCGUAAAUGACGCAGACCCCAAAGUCCCAGACCCCAAAGUCACAGACUUAGAAAGGAGAGAAGCCAGUUUGCUUGAGGUGGCCAGCAUCACCGCAGGCACUCGCCCCAAUCUCUCAGAGUUGCUAUACACCGUGGGUGCAGGGUUAGAGGGUGAGAACGUGGGAGUGCUGGUGUCUGGGCCUGAGAGCAUGAACGACAGUGUAGCAAGCGCAUGUCGCGACUUCAACUUCCGCAACGUCUGCGGUGGCACGCAGCUCCAGUACCACACCAUCAGCUUCGACUUGUAGAGGACCUCCUACCGAUGCGUGUGUGGUCAUGCCUAACAAUUGUACAGGAGAUGUUUGAACCCUGACCCCUUCGUUGGUGAACAUCCCUACUGCUGCAGGCCAGGUUGGAGAUGUUGGCGUCAUAUCAAACCUGUCCAUCCUUUCCUCCAGCUCUCGGUUUUCUCCUGUAGAAUGUGUGAAAAAACCAACUCUUGGGGGAAUUUCUGUGCUUUACUUUCAUGUAAAGUAAUUCAGUGUGUUUGAGUGGAGUUGAAUUCGAAGAAGGAUUCGUGGAGUCGAAAACAACUAGUUGGUGUGCAAGUUACAGACAGGAUCCAGUGUCCGAGUAGAGAAUAUGAUGGCGGAUCGCUCAUGCAGUUAAACAACUCUUAGAGCGAGAACAUAGCUGAAAAGCUGAGCUCCCCUUGCACUCAUACAGAGUGGGAGAAAAACAGCUACAAGGGAGUACGUGUGAUUAUGUUUUCAAAUGUCGCAUUACUCAUGAGAACAAGACAUCAUUCCCAAGCUCUUCUUGCAUUC